AUGUAUGGAGUAAUCUCGGCACAUUCGCCUGUAAACCUUCGCCGUGGGUCUCCGUCGGAGGCCUCAGCGUCAAGAAGAACUGUGCUUCCGGUAGAUCCGCAGAUGUGCGCUGCGCUAGGCCGAAACAGCAAGGCGAAGGGCACUAGUCUCAACAUGAAGAAAGCUUCCAAGUCUCAAGGUUCAACGGAUGUGGAAUGUACUUCCGUACUGGCUGCUCAAGCUGCUGCGAGUGAAAUGGUACCCCACUCCCUUGCAGACAGCAAGCCCCACCCAGUAAUGAAUUGCCUUGGUCUGUAA